GUCGGAAAUGCCGUUGACUUGACUUGACGAUGAUGCGUGCUUCCACACGCACAGCACACUCAUUCACGGACGGGUCCACUCACUCUCUCACUCCUUCAAUCGCGCACACCACACAUGCAUCCAUUUCACUCGUUUCAUCGUCCGUCCGUCCCUGUAGAGAGAGAGGCUCAGCACCGUUACUGUUACCUGUACACCACACCACACCACACCAAGCCAGCCCAACGCACGAGACGAGCCACCAGCCAUACAGACAGCAGCCACGCCAUGGCACGCCAACUCAACUCCGACAUGAAACGAGUGCUUAAAGAGCGCCAUACGGACAGACGGACCCACAGACAUGCACACACUGACUGGUUCAUUCACUUGCUCAUCAUCAUUUUGACGAACUCCUCGUAGUUGAUUUGGCCGUCUCCGUCGACGUCGGCUUCUCUGAUCAUUUCGUCCACUUCCUCGUCGGUGAGUUUCUCGCCCAGGUUGGUCAUGACGUGACGCAACUCAGCCGCGCUGAUGUAUCCUAAACACAAACACACACACACACACACACAAACAAACACACACAUCCCAUGCACAGCGGGUUUCCUCUCCAUCUCUGUCUGUGUGUGUGUUUAUCUGACCGUUGCCGUCCCUGUCGAAGACCUUAAACGCCUCUAUGAGUUCCUCCUCGGUGUCGGUGUCCUUCAUCUUCCGCGCCAUCAGUGACAAAAACUCCGGGAAAUCAAUCGUGCCUGACCGAUUGAUUGACCAUACCAACACACAAACGAAGGCAGAGAGAGCGAGCGAUACACGAGAAGAAUGUGAGGAUGCCUUGUCAGCCACACGACUCGACUGACUCCUCUCGCUGUGUGCUGUCUGCCUGCCUGCCUGCCUGCCUGCCUCUGUCUGUGUGAGAGUGCUGUGUGUCCCUCAGAAGCAUACCGUUGCCGUCAGCGUCGACUUCGUUGAUCAUGUCCUGCAGCUCGGCCUCCGUCGGGUUCUGACCCAGCGAACGCAUCACCGUACCCAACUCCUUCGUAGUGAUAGCUACAUACACACCACAACACACACAGGCACACACACACAUACAUAUCACCAUGAGGCAUCCAACGACCGAAAUUCGCCCUAACACGGUGCUCGGUGUGAGAUGCUCACUUCCAUCGCCGUCUUUAUCGAAAAGGCUGAAGGCCUCCUUGAACUCGGCAAUCUGCUCCUCUGUGAGCUGGUCCGCCAUCGAUACGCAGCACAAUAAGGUUCAGGAAAGCGAUGGGGGGCGCGAGACAAUGACACACGAGAGGCCGGACUUCUGAGGGCAGGAAAUGCACACAAACGCUGCCGCUGCGCUCAACGCUCGCGAUGAACCUCUGCAGACACAAGGAAAUGCUGCCUUUCC